CCAGCCCUUGGAACAUCUACUCUCUGAAGCUCUAACAACACAAGGACUGAAAGAGGAAAAUAUGAAAACUCUACUCACCAUGCAGUCCCUGCCUCUGCUCCUCCUGCUGCUGCAACCACUUCCACUGCAGGUUCUAAUGCAACGAUUUUUUGGUGUUCCAGAUCAACUGGCAGAAGAAUUAGAAGAUUAUGCAGAUGAGUUAUAUAGCACAGGGCCUACCAAACCACCUACCAAAGAAAUUUUCCAAAAGCAUGUCAUAAUUCCUCCUGUAUUUCCAUUAUAUUUUGAAUACGACUGUAGUUUUGAAAUGAGGUUCAGAAAUGUUCAUGACAGGUUUUACUGUAGGAAAGAACACUUUUUCCUCCCAGUAACAUAUGAGGAGCUACAGAAGACCUGUAACAGCAAGUUUGUGGCAUGUAGGAAUGGAGUUAAGAGAUGCCACAAGACCGAGAAAAUAAUAGAAGGACUGCACUGUAAGUUAACAAGUGGAAUUAGGAUGUCAGGCUGUUAUUAUGAAACUUUUCUCAAGAAGGGAUAUGUCCUUAUCACUUGCCGAUGGCAAGAUGAUAUUGGAGAAAUUAUUCCCGAGCAAGUAAAUGAUAUUUUGGAAAUAUCUGGCAAGCAGUAA